GCAUAACCAGAGAUACGGGCGCCUUGGGCGUGCAAGUAUUCAAAAUCAUCUUAUCUCCCUUCCAGACAUGGCAGGGGAAUCACACAUGAUCUUCCCUGCGACUCCCCUCUCAUUCCAUCACCUGGUCUCGUCUAUGGAACAUCGCAUAGGGAAAGGUUCUUGCUAGAUACACAUACCGCAGAUUGGAAGUGGGCGCAGAUGCGACCGAGGCCAAAGCAGAGAGUCCAGGCAGAGAUGGGCCCAGAGAGCUGGGGAAGGCACUACCGUUGCUGCUACUGCCUGGGCUAUGGGUGUAUUUAUCUAGAGAACUCGCCUCGGGAAGCGUUCCAGAAUACUGCGACGACGCUGACGAUGCUCCCGCACCAGUAUCCGUGGUCGAUUGGCGCGAUCCCGAUUGACUGUCAGUCGAGGAGGAGGUAUGUUUGUAGUUCGAGUCUUGAGACUGGGAAUUCGACGGCGACGGCGGACGAAGGGCUGGGUCGAUGGGCGACGCCCGGAAGAGGAGUGAAGCCACCGUGGAGGUUGUCGGAGGGAACUAGCUAGAAAUCCGGCCACAAAUGACCGAACUGUAGACGAUUCGAGAGGAGGGAUUCCGUCGUUCCGGGAGUGGUAUACGACGGUUUAGGAGGAAAGAUUCG